ACCGGCCAGAGUGCAGGCUGCGGGCAGGAGUCCUGCCGGUCCUGGGCCCUUAGAGGAAGGUGAGACCUGGUGGCUCUUGCUCUACCGUCUGAGCCCCUGGCCUGGGCGCUGCCCUGAAUUCCCCUGUUGAAACAGGUCCCCCCACCCCUUCCUUCCACCAUGGAUCAUUCCUCAUUCAGCGGCGCGCCCCGAUUCCUGACCCGGCCUAAGGCCUUCGUAGUGUCGGUGGGUAAGGACGCCACGCUAAGCUGCCAGAUCGUGGGCAACCCCACGCCGCAGGUGAGCUGGGAGAAGGACCGGCAGCCGGUGGAGGCGGGCGCUCGCUUCCGCCUGGCCCAGGACGACGACCAGUACCGCCUCACUAUCCUGGACCUGGCGCUGGGCGACAGCGGACAGUACGUGUGCCGCGCGCGGAACGCCAUCGGCGAGGCCUUCGCCGCCGUGGGCCUGCAGGUGAACGCCGAGGCCGCGUGCGCGGAGCAGGCGCCCCACUUCCUGCUGCGGCCCACGUCCAUCCGCGUGCGCGAGGGCGCGGAGGCCACCUUCCGCUGCCGCGUCCGCGGCUCGCCGCCCCUGGCCGUGAGCUGGGACAAGGACGGGAGGCGCCUGGGCGCGCCGGACGCCCCUCGAGUGAGCGUGGAGGCCAGCGGCGAGGCGAGCGCGCUGCGCAUCCAGGCCGCGCGGCCGCGCGACGGCGGCACUUACACGGUGCGCGCCGAGAACCCGCUGGGCACCGCCAGCGCCGCCGCCGCGCUGACGGUGGACGCGGACGCGGACGCGGCAGGCCCGCCCGGCGCCUCCACCGCCGCCCUCCUGGCGCACCUGCAGCGGCGGCGCGAGGCCAUGCGGGCCGAGGGAGCCCCGGCCUCGCCGCCGGGCGGGGGCACUCGCACCUGCACAGUGACCGAGGGCAAGCACGCGCGCCUCAGCUGCUACGUGACGGGCGAGCCCAAGCCCGAGACCGUGUGGAAGAAGGAUGGGCAGCUGGUGGCCGAGGGCCGGCGACACCUGGUGUACGAGGACGCGCAGGAAAACUUUGUGCUCAAGAUCCUCUUCUGCAAGCAGUCGGACCGUGGCCUCUACACGUGCACAGCGUCCAACCUCGUGGGCCAGACCUACAGCUCCGUGCUGGUCGUUGUGCGAGAGCCCACAGUGCCCUUCAAGACGAGGCUGCAGGACCUGGAGGUGCAGGAGAAGGGGUCGGCCACGUUUCAGUGUGAGGUGCCGCUGCCGACCACGGAGGCCGUGUGGUACAAGGAAGAGACACGGCUGUGGGCCAGCGCCAAGUAUGCCAUCGAGGAGGCGGGCACAGAGCGCCGGCUCACUGUCCACAAUGCUUCCACUGAUGAUGACGCGGUGUACAUCUGUGAGAUGGCCGAGGGCAGCCGCACGGUGGCCGAGCUCGCAGUACGAGGCAACCUCACCCGAAAGCUCCCGAGAAAGACAGUGGUGCGAGUGGGGGACACUGCCAUGUUCUGCGUAGAGCUGGCCAGGCCAGAGGGCCCGGUCCACUGGCUUCGGAAUCAUGAGGAGGUGGUGGCCGGGGGCCGAGUAGCCAUCACCACUGAAGGCACAUGCCACACGCUGACCAUCUCCAAGUGCAGCCUGGAGGAUGUGGGUGAGGUGGCCUUUGUGGCUGGGGACUGCCGGACGUCCACUCAGUUCUUGGUGUCAGCCCCCAGGAAGCCACCACCACACACCCCUGAGGCCCCUGUGGUGAAGGCCAAGACAGAGAGUUCCGUGACUCUCAGCUGGUCCCCACCACCCCAUGGGGACCACCCUGUCACCAUUGAUGGCUACGUGGUGGAGAAGAAGCGAUUGGGCACCUACACCUGGAGCCGAUGCCAUGAGGCCGAGUGGGUGGCUACACCUGAGCUGACUGUGAACUGUGUGGCUGAGGAGGGGGACUUCCAGUUCCGUGUGUCAGCUGUAAACAGCUUUGGCCAGAGCUCCUACCUUGAGUUCCCAGGGACUGUCCACCUGGCACCCCAGCUGGCUGUGAAGACGCCUCUGAAGGCAGUGGAGGCGGUGGAGGGCAGUGAGGUGACCUUCUCUGUGGACCUCACUUUGGUCUCUGUGGGCGAGUGGUUCCUGGAUGGGCAGGCGCUGAAGGCCAGCAACACAUAUGUGAUCCGCUGCGAGGGCACACGGCAUGUCCUCACCAUCCGCUCAGUACCUGCCAGCCUGCAUGGUGCUGAGCUCAAGUUUGUGGCCAAUGGCAUCGAGAGCAGCAUCCGCAUGGAGGUCCGAGGGCUGACCACCAAGCAUCCAACAGAAGUUCGGGAGGUGCUGGCCCGACUACACGAGGAGGCACAGCUCCUGGCAGAGCUGUCAGACCAGGCUACGGCGGUAACGUGGCUCAAGGACGGCCGAGCACUGCCCCCAGGCCCCAAGUACAAGGUGCAGGCUUCAGCAGGACAGCGGGCACUGCUGGUGCGGGAUGUGGCGCGGGACGACGCUGGCCUGUAUGAGUGUGUCAGCCGUGGGGGCCGCAUCGCCUACCACCUGUCAGUUCAAGCUGCCCUCGCAGGACUCACACCCUUUCUGCACAAAGACUCGGCGGGUGGCUGCGUGGACACGGUGGCCGGGGGUCCAGCCCACUUUGAGUGCGAGACUGCGGAGGCCCAUGUGCCCGUGCGCUGGUUCAAGGAUGGCUUGGAGCUUGGCCACUCCUCGCACUUCUCACAGGAGGAUGUGGGCACACGGCAUCGACUGGUGGCCAACUCAGUCACCAGGCAAGAUGAGGGCACCUAUUCAUGCCGUGUGGGCGAGUACUCGGUGGAUUUCCAGCUGCGUGUCUGUGAACCCACGGUGGUGUUUGCCAAGGAGCAGUCGGCACACAGCGAGGUGAAGGCCACGGCCGGGGCCAGUGCCACGCUGAGCUGCGAGGUGGCCCAGGCUCAGACGCAGGUGACGUGGUACAAGGAUGGCAAGAAGCUGAGCGGGAGCUCGAAAGUGCGCGUGGAGGCCACGGGCUGCACCCGGCGGCUGGUGCUGCAGCAGGCGGCGAAGGGGGACAGCGGGGAGUACAGCUGCGAGGCCGGGGGCCAGAAGGUCACCUUCAACCUAGAUGUCCCAGAGCCCACGGAGGUGUUUGCCAAGGAGCAGUCGGCACACAGCGAGGUGAAGGCCACGGCCGGGGCCAGUGCCACGCUGAGCUGCGAGGUGGCCCAGGCUCAGACGCAGGUGACGUGGUACAAGGAUGGCAAGAAGCUGAGCGGGAGCUCGAAAGUGCGCAUGGAGGCCACGGGCUGCACCCGGCGGCUGGUGCUGCAGCAGGCGGUGAAGGGGGACAGCGGGGAGUACAGCUGCGAGGCCGGGGGCCAGAGGGUCACCUUCCAUCUGGAUGUCACAGAGCCCACGGUGGUGUUUGCCAAGGAGCAGUCGGCACACAGCGAGGUGAAGGCAACGGCCGGGGCCAGUGCCACGCUGAGCUGCGAGGUGGCCCAGGCUCAGACGCAGGUGACGUGGUACAAGGAUGGCAAGAAGCUGAGCGGGAGCUCGAAAGUGCGCGUGGAGGCCAUGGGCUGCACCCGGCGGCUGGUGCUGCAGCAGGCGGUGAAGGGGGACAGCGGGGAGUACAGCUGCGAGGCCGGGGGCCAGAAGGUCACCUUCAACCUAGAUGUCCCAGAGCCCACGGUGGUGUUUGCCAAGGAGCAGUCGGCACACAGCGAGGUGAAGGCCACGGCCGGGGCCAGUGCCACGCUGAGCUGCGAGGUGGCCCAGGCUCAGACGCAGGUGACGUGGUACAAGGAUGGCAAGAAGCUGAGCGGGAGCUCGAAAGUGCGCGUGGAGGCCACGGGCUGCACCCGGCGGCUGGUGCUGCAGCAGGCGGCGAAGGGGGACAGCGGGGAGUACAGCUGCGAGGCCGGGGGCCAGAAGGUCACCUUCAACCUAGAUGUCCCAGAGCCCACGGUGGUGUUUGCCAAGGAGCAGUCGGCACACAGCGAGGUGAAGGCCACGGCCGGGGCCAGUGCCACGCUGAGCUGCGAGGUGGCCCAGGCUCAGACGCAGGUGACGUGGUACAAGGAUGGCAAGAAGCUGAGCGGGAGCUCGAAAGUGCGCGUGGAGGCCACGGGCUGCACCCGGCGGCUGGUGCUGCAGCAGGCGGCGAAGGGGGACAGCGGGGAGUACAGCUGCGAGGCCGGGGGCCAGAAGGUCACCUUCAACCUAGAUGUCCCAGAGCCCACGGUGGUGUUUGCCAAGGAGCAGUCGGCACACAGCGAGGUGAAGGCCACGGCCGGGGCCAGUGCCACGCUGAGCUGCGAGGUGGCCCAGGCUCAGACGCAGGUGACGUGGUACAAGGAUGGCAAGAAGCUGAGCGGGAGCUCGAAAGUGCGCGUGGAGGCCACGGGCUGCACCCGGCGGCUGGUGCUGCAGCAGGCGGCGAAGGGGGACAGCGGGGAGUACAGCUGCGAGGCCGGGGGCCAGAAGGUCACCUUCAACCUAGAUGUCCCAGAGCCCACGGUGGUGUUUGCCAAGGAGCAGUCGGCACACAGCGAGGUGAAGGCCACGGCCGGGGCCAGUGCCACGCUGAGCUGCGAGGUGGCCCAGGCUCAGACGCAGGUGACGUGGUACAAGGAUGGCAAGAAGCUGAGCGGGAGCUCGAAAGUGCGCGUGGAGGCCACGGGCUGCACCCGGCGGCUGGUGCUGCAGCAGGCGGCGAAGGGGGACAGCGGGGAGUACAGCUGCGAGGCCGGGGGCCAGAAGGUCACCUUCAACCUAGAUGUCCCAGAGCCCACGGUGGUGUUUGCCAAGGAGCAGUCGGCACACAGCGAGGUGAAGGCCACGGCCGGGGCCAGUGCCACGCUGAGCUGCGAGGUGGCCCAGGCUCAGACGCAGGUGACGUGGUACAAGGAUGGCAAGAAGCUGAGCGGGAGCUCGAAAGUGCGCGUGGAGGCCACGGGCUGCACCCGGCGGCUGGUGCUGCAGCAGGCGGCGAAGGGGGACAGCGGGGAGUACAGCUGCGAGGCCGGGGGCCAGAAGGUCACCUUCAACCUAGAUGUCCCAGGUCGGUUCUUUGGUGGCACUAACUUAGCCUCGUGUGUAGGUAAUGCCUCCAGCCGGACACACCUGGGGCUCUUUCCGCUGGACCUCACCUCUUUAGCCUUCUAUCCUCCAUCUCCCAUAUCAUCCCAGUGGUGGGGCCAGACCAGGCUGGGUGGGCAGAGUGUGAGCAGAAGGGAGAGGUGUUCCUGUACAAGCUGAGUGGUGCUCAGGUUUUGCUCAGUCAUAGUUCCCAGCCCCUGCCAGAGACUUCUGGGUGCCCCUCUCCAGCCGGGACUCGGGCUCUACCUUUCACGUGGAGUCUGAGGUAGACCAGACCUCUCUUACCUGUGUUAUGUGAAUUUCCUACUCCCCAAGUCCUGGUAGCUCCCAAAUGCCCGGGGCCGGCAACACGGGCAGAGACACGUUUGAAU